UCUGCUUCAGAAGCAAAGUAAUUCAUAAAUAUCACCGCUAUCUACUGACCGGUGUCUCUGAAGUUAUAAAAUAAGUAAAACAGUUAAUAUACACUGUCAUAGCCAAAUAGUGAAUCACCAAACUCUGCGUAUUUAUUCUAGUAUAAUAUUCGAAAGCCACCUGUGUGUGGGCUAGUUGGUUUCUGCUGUAUUUUUUUAUUUUCACAUUGAAAAUGACGGAAAGUUCACCAGAUGAACCGAGCACGAAGCGCAAAGACUUUAUCUGUGGUGUAGUUGAAGGCUUUUACGGCCGCCCAUGGACAACUGAACAAAGAAAGGACCUAUUCCAAAAACUCAAAAAAUGGGGUAUGGACAUGUACGUGUAUGCACCGAAAGAUGAUUAUAAACACAGAGCUUACUGGAGAGAGUUGUACACUGUAGAGGAAGCUGAACAUCUCACUUCCCUUAUAGCUGCAGCUAAAGCCCAAGGCAUCAUAUUUUGCUAUGCAUUAUCACCAGGGUUGGAUAUCACAUAUAGCAGCCAGAAGGAGAUAACAACUUUGAAACGUAAAUUAGAACAGGUUUCACAAUUUGGAUGCACUUGUUUUGCACUGCUAUUUGAUGACAUUGAACCAGAAAUGAGUGAGGCAGACAAACAAACGUUUCAGAGUUUUGCACAUGCACAAGUAUCAAUUACGAAUGAGAUCCACCAGCAUUUGGGAUGCUGUCGGUUCUUACUCUGUCCCACUCAGUACUGUUCGACUCGAGCUGUUCCAACUGUCACCAGCUCAGAAUACUUGAACACCCUUGGCUCUAAACUUUCUCAACAGAUUGAAAUAAUGUGGACAGGACCAAAAGUCAUAUCAAAAACCUUGACGACUGAGUGCAUAGAAGAAAUAACACAGGUCCUUCGUCGGCCGCCCGUCAUCUGGGAUAACUUGCAUGCCAAUGACUAUGAUCAAAAGAGGAUAUUUUUAGGUCCGUACUGCGGGCGCUCCCCGGAGCUGAUCCCGCUGCUGCGGGGCGUGCUGACCAACCCCAACUGCGAGUACAACGCCAACAUGGUGCCCGUGCGCACGCUCGCGCACUGGGCCGCCUGCAGUCUGGACGCGCCCGCCGCCAUGGAAGCGGUCUCGUGGGACAUAAAGCUGGAGAGGGAGAGCGAGCAGGGCGUCUGCGAGGACGAGAGCCCGCUGCCGCUCGGCCGCCACGUCUACCACCCUCGCCAGGCGCUGCGACAAGCAAUAAACGAGUGGCUGCCCGAGUUCUCUAUACCCAAGACGGCCCAGGGACCAGUCGUGAAGCCGCAAACUCCGACCAUAGUACCCCCGGUGCCGAUAAUCCCGAUCCUGCCGUCGGUGAACACGUGCAUGUCGCUGGUGACGGCCACCAGCAGCACGUGCAGCACCACCACCGCCGAGCUGGGGCCCGCCAUCCCCACGCUGUCCACCACCCACCUGCAGGCGCUCACCGACCGCCCCAUCCUCGCCACCACGGUGUCGCCGAUCGAGAACUUCAACCCCGUGGCAAAUCCGGUGAUGAAUUCCUUAGUGUCUCCCACUAAAGUGAUCCUUAACGAAUCUAUACCUAACCCUAUCAUCCCCAUCGCGAGUUCUAAUAUAUCCUUGCCCUCAGAAAUACCGGUUUCCACGUUACCGGUACCGAUCCUAGGUUUGAAAUCUUUGGACGAUACCAUCAAAAUACCAAGUGUGAGUGAAGCAGUGUUGAACCCUAGUGUUGUGGAAAGUGACAGUUUUGCGGAAGAAAAUAAAAAGGAAGAAGAGGAUAAUAUAGUUGUGGACGACGUGGAACCCUCCAUAGAGGUUCAGCAGAAUGGGGAUAUGAGCGUCGGAGAUACCCCGCAAACCUUGAGUCCUACCCGUGUAGUUCCCGAGCCGGGCAUCGAACCCCUAGACGUGGACCCGCCCUCGAACACCGGCACCGAUCCAGAUGUAGUCAUGACCGAUGGCUUAAGCGAGAACGGUUCAAUGCAAGUCGAGGCCAGCAACAGUCCACUCAGCUCCGACAUGAUGGUGGAGCCGCCUGACACGACUGAAAAUACUGAUGAGCCGGAAGAUAACGAAGAUCUAACUGCUGAGGACUUGCUGCUGCUGUGCGAAGCCUUCUAUCUACCCUUCGAACACGGCGCGAGAGCUCUUCGGAUGCUGCACGACUUCCACUGGCUGACCAGCCACGCCGCCACCACGCUGCGAGCCAACCGGUCCAGCGCUGCCCCUGAGACGAGCGAGUGGACCCGCCGGCGGGCGCGGUUCUCGUUCUGGGCGGGGCGCAGCCGCCGGGUGCUCCGGCGCGCGGGCCGGGCCGCCAACCGGGACCUGCACUCCGAGCUGCAGCCCUACCUGUGGGAGCUCUGCGCCGUGCUCGCGCUGCUCGACGCCUUCCUCAAGUGGUUAGAACUAGGGAAGUUUCCUCCGAACAUUACGAACAACAUCCAAGGGAGCUACACAUGGUUCUCGAAGGGUUGGCGGGAAGCGUUUGAGAGUGGCGCCCAGGAGCCCUGGGUGUUUCGCGGCGGCGUCGUAGCGGACCUGCGGCGCCUGCUGCCCGUGGACUGCGGCGACGUGCUGCGGUCGCCGCCGCGGGCCCCGGACCUGCCGCUCGCGCCGCGCCCCUACCGACCUGCCGACGAACUCGAGAUAUACGAGAUCUACAACAAGACGUGUCGUGAAGGUGACGUCAGCAGCGACAUGUUCCCCAGCGAUCUCCAGUCGCUGCCCACGGACCGGUUAAUAGCACCAUUCCUUCAUCUGUCGCCCGAUUUGUGUAUGGUAUUGGAAGACGACGGCUCGUUCACGCAUUCCGAUGCGACGACGCCGGAUUCUGAACCCUCGGACCCUGAUAAUAAGGAUAUGCCGUCGUCGAAAAUGAACGGUGUUCGAAAGGAAGUGGUGGGGUUCGCGUGCGCCGCGCUCGACAGCAAGGAGUUCUACCGGCUGCAGGAGAUCGCCUGGGUGCCGGAGCUGUGCGAGAAGUACCCGCUGUCCCUACUCGACAGGACCGACCUCAGCGAAACCGCUAAGGAGUACAUCCGCGAGCUGCACGGCGGCGCGGCGGGCGGUGCGGGGGAGGCGGCGGAGGCGGCGGAGACGGCGCGGCGGGGCGCGGCGGCGGAGGUGCGGUGCGGCGCGGUGCCGGCGGCGGACUCGCUGGCGCCCGCGCGCAUGCUCACGUGUCUGCUGGCGGCGCUCCGGGCCAGCGGAGCGAACGGCGUCCACACGACAGUGAGCGCGGCGGACACGCAGCUUCAGCAGUUUUACAGCAAGCUGGGCUUCGUGGAGGUGUCCCGGGCCCGGGGACAGCUCUACCUGGCGCGCCCGCUCUAGCGCCAACAGUUCGUCUUCCGGGGACCCACGCUGCUCUGAACUGCCACUCCGAAUCCGCGCUACCAUAAGAAGCUAUAUCCAAUUUUCUACCCAAAACCCCCCCUCCCUGACUGUCACCUGAUAUUAACAACGUCAGAAACGGAUAUCAUGAAAAAGCAAAUCCAAAGAAACACAAGGUUAGAUCUAAUUUUCCUAAAAUAUCUCUUAGGCGACUCCGUGACUUUUUUUUAAAAGUAUUAAUUGCUAUAAUUAAAAAUGUAUUAAAAAAUUGCCUUAUAAGUUAUUAUAUCAAAUACAAAAGUGCCAAUUAAGAGAUCAUAGAUCGAACCUUAUGCUUCGAAUGAAGAACUAUAAAUCAGGAUUAAUCAUAUUAUCUUAUGUUUCUGUGUUUUUUAUCAACACAACCAUAUCCCCUCUCUUUGAGUACGUUAUUGUAUACACAAGAAGCUGUUUUUGUUUUCUUCUACGAAAUUACUCGCAAGAUGACGCUGUUAUUUUUAAUCGCAUCGUUGCCAUUUUUAUUGCUAUCUCUCUCACACUCUAGUAAUACCCGUCCCACUCGCACUUUAGUAGUCAUAACGUAAUGAUCCAUUAUAUUGUGUAUUGAAACUUCAAAUAUAAAUAUUAUUUUAGAGGAAACAAAAUCUAAAAUAUUUUUAAAUGUUGAAAAUCUAAAAU